AUGAAGAAAAGAAUUAUUGGAACAGCAGAGAUUAAACAAAUAAUUGCUAUGGAAUUUUUAGAUAAUUAUAAUCAAAUUAAUAAAUUUAAUGUAGAUGAAAUGGUACGAUGUUUUAAAAAUAAGUCGAGUCAUAUCACCAAAAGGAUAUUUGUUGAAAUGAUGCAGUAUUUAGAUAUAUACGUUCAUAGAUGGGGAAAAUUGAGUGAAGAAGUUGUUACAUUUAUGAUGUUUAAAGGAUUGGAUGAACAUUGUAUUGGUGAAAUAACCAAAAAUGGUAUUCCAACAAACCUAACAACAUUUUUGAUUCAAACCUUUGAUACAGUAGAAUAUACGUCAAUGCAACAAAAAGUGAAUGAAAUUAUUUAUAAAUUAAAGCCUCAAUAUUAUGGAAAAAUUUACAAUCAACAUGACUCAUUAAAACUUGGACUAACACCUUCUCAUAUUAAGAAAAUACUUAUUGAUAUAUUCCAAAUUGAUAAAGUUAUUGUUCCAUCAUUAGUAAUGUUGUUAAAUGUAUUAGUUAAAGACAAUAUUAUUUCGUCGUCUGAUUUUAUCAAAAUUUGUACUUCUAUUGAAUGGGUUGUUGAAAGAACUCAACACUUUACAAUAUUAGAAUUGUUUACUACUAUUUUCAAUGUUUUAGAUAAAGAUUAUAAAGGAACUGUUCCUAUUGAUAGAAUUAAAAUCUUUUUAACUAAAACUCUUAAUGGAAAGGCAAAUUUAAUAUCAUCAUCGCCUGAUAUACAAUUGGUUGAAUUCCUUCAUUAUGCUGAAAUAAUUUCAGACAACAUUUUAGAUUUUAAAAACUUUUGUGAACAUAUUGUUGUUCCUAUGGUUGAUUUGCAUUCUCUUCCACCAUUACAAAUUGCCCAAACAAAAAAAGUUACUCCAUUGCUUCCUUCAUCAUAUCAAAAUAAAGAAAAGUAUUUAAAAGAACUCUUUACUAAAUUAGAAAUUGAGACAAGUCUUUGCGACAGAAUCUUGCGUUUAAUUAAUGCUGAAGAAAAAACUCCAGAACUUAUUAAUAUGAUUGCACAAACAUUUGAUGAAAAUAUUAGAAAAUAUGGUCAUAGUGAAGGACUUGUUAGGGCAGUUUUUUUUACUUUUCAACAUCAUGGCAUUGAUGCAGAUAUUCUUGUAGAAACUUCAAAAAUUUUUAAUAGCCCUAUGGAUUUAAGUACUGCCCAAACUGUUAUCAAAGCAUAUGUUGAAGAUGGAACUAAUAAACUUUCGUUAUAUAACUUUGUUCGUUAUUGGUUAGAUGGUGACUCUCCAUGUUUAGAUGACACUGACAAUGAAAAAGAAUCAAAGUUAUUGAAACGUACUAUUUCUAUGUUCCGUGUGUUAAAUGUUAAUGGACUUGUCUCUAAACAGUCGAUUAUUCAUUUCAUCCAACAACAAUAUGGAACUCUAAGUUACGAAGAAUUAAUGAGUAUUGAUAUUAUUAUUAAUUAUCUUUCUUCAUUCAAAGGAGAACUUACAUUUGACCAAUUCCAAUUAUUUAUGAUUGUUUAUGAACGUUCAUUAAAUCCAGAUACAUUAUCUUUAGAAUUAACAAUUGAAUCUAUCUGUAAUGCAAUAUGGAAUUCUAACCAAUUUGCAGUUAUUCCUUCUUUAUUCAAUAUUACAACGAAUAAUGUAAAACAAUUUGAAACUUACUGUAAAAACCAAAACAUAACUCCUACUCCAAAGUCUUUUACUAUGUUUAUCCUUCCAAUAUUACAAAAAGGAUAUAAAUAA